AAAAAUACUCUUCGAGGCGCAGUGAAGCACGCCGCGUAUCUGCUAGUGUAAUAUCUACAGAUUCUCGUAUAUAUGCAUGUCAGAUUUUCAAAUCAAAUUUUCAACAUUUAAUUUUCGUAAUGCAAUUUAUUUAUUACUAUGAUGAAAAUUAAAUUACGGGCUUUAUGUGAUUUGAAUGACUUUACAAUUUAUUCCUGCCCACCGGGUUGUCGUAAUGAGCAGCACGCAAACGUGACCUGGCGACUUCUUAGCGUUACAAAACCUUGCUGACGAUCCUCCAAAAACACACAUUUGCCGGACAUGUACUAUUUUAUCUGUCAUUUGUCAGCCUGAUAUGUAAAUUGAGCUAUUAACUUAUUGUAGCAUUUCCAGCGGGCACAGAUACUCAUCUAAUUCCAUAAAAUUUGCGCCAAGUGGCAAGUAUGUAUGUCCAUACAUUCAUAUGCGUGUCACAUUUACAGCUUUAAAUUAGUUUACGCUCUUGUUGUUCAAAAACAAUAAUAACUUUUAGAUUGUUCUUAAUAGAUACAUAUAAGGUGCCUUGCGAGUUCAAGAUGUCAACGCGCUACACACAGUCGUUGAUUUUUGAAAAAAAAAAAGUUAGUGAAAAAAAUAAUGACCCAGCUGUAGCUCAAAUUCUUCAGUAUACGAUUUCAGUUUUAUCAUUUCUUCAAUCAAGUAAUCACUGUAGUCAAGCUUGAAGCGUCGCUCUGUUAGGUACACAGCAGCGGCAGAUGGACAAUUUUACUUUUGCUGCAUUCAAACAAAAGGAAAUUCCUAUUUAUUUAAAUAGAGAAAGUGAAUGAAAAUGUCGCUUAAAAUAAUUGGACUUUUAGUAAUUUUUGCACUCGCCACUAUUGUGCUAGUGGCAGAAGCGCGCGGUGGCCGAGGACGCGGUGGUUCAUUCGGCACUACAUUUUAUAGACGCAGUCAUAAGAAGCACAGCUCCUCAAGUGGGACCAGCUCGCGCCGCAAAGUCGUCAGUGGCUCACCAGUACAUACCUCAUACACGAAGGCACUGAUUGCUGGUGGUCACAACACCGAUCUUAAGUUGGGCAGCAGUCACAAAAGUUUUAGUAGUCACAGUAGCAGCAGCAGCAGCAGCAGCAGCAGCAGUCACAUAAGACACCCAUACCGGGAUGCAUCGCAUACAAACUAUCACAGCUUUAGUCAAUUUUACACACAGCCUCGCUCGAGUAGAUACGGGUCGAGUGCAGCUCACCACUAUAAUACGCUGAGUGCCAAUUCUCACCUGUCGCACACUUGGGGUGGCCAUCAGUUGCCGCCAGGACAUGUAUACGUUGCGCAACCGGCGCGCAUGCCGCCCAAUUCGGUUUACUAUGCACAACCGCCGCGGUAUCGGAGCAGCGCUGAUGAUGCAGCGGACUUCGUACUAGGCUACCUUGUUGGUCGAAGUCUUACACAUCGUAAUCAUCAUCAGCAUUACUAUCAGCACUAUCAGGAGCAACAACCCACCAACGGUCAAACUGUAAACACAAAAGUUAACUUAGAAAACAAUACGGCAACAACAAGUGACUCCGCUUCAAAUGAAAACAACAGCAACACAAUAAAUCAGACUCACUACUGGCCUACAGACUUUGCUGUGUCAUUGGCGCCUUUGAACGAGUCGCUGCUUGCGGAAGACAUCACCUCAUCACCCCGGGAAGCCGUAUUCAAAAGCCCACCAAUUCACAUCGCUCGCUCGCUUAAAGUGGAUAACUUAACAUUUGAACUGCCAACAGUCACUGCAGCGCCGCCAGAUAUGCCGCCCACAGGUGGCAUAAUCUGCAUGCCUUGGCUAUUUAAUGAAACCGAUCCCAUUCAGCCGGCGAAUAUUGUCACAAUUGAGAAGACAAUUUGCUUCCCAGCACCAUCACCGCCGCCGCCAUCAGCACCACAAACUACACCGCAAUCAUCCACGGAUCCGAUUGCUGGAGAUAUUGCAGUUCGAAUCCUACAAUAACAACAACUUAAAUUACGGCAGCGAGUUUUAGAAAAUGUUCAUGGUUUUCAACUCUAUAAAGUAUUUUUCCACAUUUUUACAUUACUUAUUAACUUUUGUACAAUUUGUAUUUCCUUGCUGAGUGCAAACAUAUAUUAAAAUCAAACUUCGAAAAUGUA